UGCGCCUCUCUUUUAAAUUCGUAUAAAAGGGCGCCUGCUAAAACGGGAAUAACCGCUUCAAUUAUGAACCUGCGCAAACCAAAAACCAACUCCCUUCCUAUGCAGAAAACCAUUGCAUCUGCAGCGUUUCAAUUGGGGAAUUCAUUCCUUCCAGAGUUGAUCAAGUUAUUGUAAGAAACUAUAUACAAUCCGCAGAAGAAAAAAAGCUUUUCGUGGCGAAGUGCGUAAUUUGUGUUGUGGAAAAUGGAAUCGAAGCAUAUGAUGAUGUCCGCAUUGGGUGUGGGCAUAGGAGUCGGAGUAGGGCUUGGAUUGGCGUCGGGUACGCAAGCAGUUGGCAAAUGGGCCGGUGGCGGUGCCGAUGCGAACGGCUUGUCGCCGCUGAUCAUGGAGGAGGAGAUGAUAGCGCUCAUCGGCAACGGAAGGGAUUACAAUGUCACCUUCGAUCAAUUCCCCUACUAUCUAAGUGAACAAACAAAGGCCUUGUUAACAAGUGCUGCUUUUGUUCAUUUGAAGAAAGCCCAUUUCUCUAAGCACACACGAAAUCUAUCUCCUGCAAGUCGAGCAAUUUUGCUGUCUGGAACCACAGAAAUGUAUCACCAAAUGCUUGCUAAGGCUUUAGCUCACUUUUUCGAGGCCAAGCUGUUGUUAUUAGAUGCAAACGACUUUUCUUUGAAGAUUCAGAGCAAGUAUGGAUGUUCUAGUGAAGCUUCUUUUAAAAGGUCAACAUCAGAAGCUACAUUGAGCCGAAUGUCUGAAUUAUUUGGAUCAUUUGCAAUGCUUCAGCCUAGAGAGGAGAGGAGAGGACUGAGCAGACAAAGUAGUGGAGUCAAUCUUUCAUCAUAUGGACAGGAAGGCCCUUCUCCUGCAAGGCUGCGAAGGAAUGCAUCUGCCUCAGCAAACUUGAAUAAUCUUGCUUUGAAUACACUUGGAAAUUCAGCCCCACCCAAGCGUGCAGUGGGCUGGUGUUUCAAUGAGAAGCUUUUUAUACAGACACUUUACAAGGUUCUUACCAAAGUAUCAAAUAUCAAUCCCAUUAUACUUUAUCUUAGGGAUGUCGAGCAACUUUUUGGCAGAUCCCAGAAACUGUAUAUAAUGUUCCAGAAAAUGUUGAAGAAAUUGUCAGGAUCCGUACUGAUCCUUGGUUCAAGGAUUGUUAACCAAGAAGAUGACUACACAUCAGUUGAUGAGAAAAUUUCAUCAUUAUUCCCUUAUAAUAUUGAAAUUAGACCCCCAACCGAUGAAAAUAAUCUUGUAAGCUGGAAGGCUAAACUAGAGGAGGACAUGAAGAUGUUCCAAUACCAGGACAACAAGAAUCAUAUAACUGAGGUUCUUGCUGCUAAUGACAUUGCCUGUGAUGAUUUGGGUUCUAUUUGUAUGGUUGACACGAUGGUUCUUAGCAACUAUAUUGAAGAAAUUGUGGUAUCAGCUAUCUCAUACCAUUUGACAAAUGUCAAGGAGCCCGAAUACAGAAAUGGGAAACUUGUUAUAUCCUCGUCAAGCCUAUCCCAUGGGUUAGGUAUAUUUCAGGAAGGUAAAUCUUAUGGAAAUGACACCAUGAAGCUUGAAGCGCAAGUUGAACAGCCAAAGGUGACAUCAGAUGGAGCUGCUUCAGCACUAGUGGCUGAAACAAAAUCCGUGACAACUGCACCUGAAAGCAAGAGUGAAGAACUCCCAGCAUCAAAGGCUCCUGAAGUCCCACCGGACAAUGAAUUUGAAAGACUUAUCCGGCCAGAAGUCAUACCAGCGAGUGAAAUUGGUGUGACAUUUGCAGAUAUAGGAGCCUUAGAUGAUAUAAAAGAUUCCCUUCAGGAAUUAGUGAUGCUACCGCUUAGAAGACCCGACCUUUUUGAAGGUGGCCUUUUGAAACCAUGUAGGGGAAUACUGCUUUUCGGGCCUCCUGGUACGGGGAAGACUAUGCUGGCCAAAGCCAUAGCUAACGAAGCUGGAGCAAGCUUUAUCAAUGUUUCUAUGUCUACUAUAGCUUCCAAGUGGUUUGGUGAAGAUGAAAAGAAAGUUCGAGCAUUAUUCACUCUUGCAGGAAAGGUAUCCCCAACCAUAAUUUUUGUGGACGAAGUUGACAGUAUGCUUGGUCAGCGAAACAAAAGUGGGGAGCAUGAAGCCAUGCGAAAGAUUAAGAAUGAAUUCAUGACUCAUUGGGAUGGUCUACUGACAAACCCUGGUGAGAGAAUUCUGGUUCUAGCUGCAACCAAUAGGCCAUUCGAUCUUGAUGAAGCAAUCAUCAGGCGCUUUGAGAGAAGAAUUAUGGUUGGUUUACCGUCUGUGGAGAACAGAGAGAAGAUUUUGAAGACGCUAUUGUCAAAAGAUAAAGCCGAAGGAUUGGACUUUACAGAGCUUGCAACAAUGACAGAAGGAUACAGCGGAAGUGAUUUAAAGAACUUGUGUAUAACUGCUGCAUACCGACCUGUUCGCGAGUUAAUAAAGCAAGAACGACUGAAAGAUCAGAAGCGUAAAGCUGAAGAAGUUCAGCAGUCUGGUGACAAUUCAAAUAAAACGGAGAGGGUAAUCAAUAUCAGGCCAUUGACCAUGCAAGAUUUGAAAGAAGCAAAAAAUCAGGUUGCACCUAGCUUUGCAAGUGAAGGGUCCAUAAUGUCAGAGUUGAAGCAAUGGAACGACUUACACGGGGAAGGUGGUUCGAGGAAAAAAGAACAACUAUCUUACUUCUUGUAGGAUGUAGGUUGUGUUUUGAAGCAUUCUAUAGUCGUAUUUAAAGAACAAUAUAUGUUGUUUUUGAAGGUGAUUGCAGAAUUCUCGUGCAAUUUGUGACACUCAGCUUGUUGUAGGUUAUGUAUUAAGGCAUUCCUAGCUACAGCUUUAGGGAAAUAGAAACUACUUCAAAAUGUGUUCUUGCUUGUUAAAUAUGUAAGCUCUGUCAAAGUUGAAGUUGAAGAGUCGUUACAGCCGUAGAUGUUAGUUGCGUGUUGCAUGUAAUUUAGAAAAAAAUAUGAAUUUAUAUACAUUUUAAUAGAUUUUUAUUAUUAGUCUAA